AUGUCGUCCGCCACUUCAGAUCCUGCAGCCCCGGGGGAUCAGAGGAAUAUGAACCACCGACCCAACGGCAUCAGCUCAAAGGAAGCUGGGCUUGGCUCGGGUAAAGAAGGAGCAACUCUGAUGCCACCUCCGAAAACUGUGGUCGGAAGAGCGCUAGGGAGUGACUUGCAUUCCGAUGCCCACAAAGCCUCACAGGCGCCCAAGGGCGGAGUCGGAACCGCCCUGGCUGACACUCCGAUUUCUACCGCACCCCCGUCCCCACAGAUAUCAGGUCGUACACAACCCGGCACCCCGAGUAGCAGCAGCAGAGUCCGAGCCACCACCCUUGAUAUUCCGGGCCUGACCAAGUCCAAGGUCUCCCCCGAUGGCCGAAUUGCUCAGCGCGAUGUCGGUGCAAAACUGGUCAUUGUUAUGGUCGGCCUCCCUGCCCGGGGCAAGAGUUACAUCACUAAGAAGCUUGCCCGUUAUCUGAACUGGCUUCAACAUGACACUCACAUAUUCAACGUCGGUGCGCGUCGUCGUGUCGCUGCUGGCAGAUCUCCCACACCGGCAACUCCUCGAGAACAUGAAACGGCCCCAAAGAAUGUUCACAAAGACCUCAUCGACUCCGUGCGUCGCCUGAGCGUGAGCGUCGGAACCCAAAACCAAGGCGAAUCCUCGCCGCCGGAGGAAGCGUCUCUUCCACCUCCAGCUGUUCCAGAUAAGAUAUGUGUAAACGGUAAGGAGACUGAGCCCUCUCCUUCACAGAACGGAGACACGAUGAUACCACCAAUGGAUGCGGGCUCUGGCCCGAGAAUAAUUCCAGACGAGGCCAUUAAAGACUCUCCUCUGGAACCCAUGGAUCAGACUGCGAAUUUCUUCGACCCCCAGAAUCAAGAUGCUGUCAAGCUUCGAGAGCGGGUCGCCCUCGACACUCUUGAUGAGUUGCUUGAUUAUAUCCUGGAUGAAGGUGGCAGCGUUGGUAUUCUUGACGCAACCAACAGUACUAUGGAGCGUCGAAAGGCUAUCGUUGACCAUAUCCGCAAACGUGCCGGCCCCGAGCUGAACAUUCUGUUCCUUGAAAGCAGCUGUGUCGACCCAACUCUGCUGGAGGCCAAUAUGCGCUUGAAGCUUUCUGGACCUGACUACAAGGGUCAAGACCCGGAAAAGGCCCUCGAGGAUUUCAAGAAGCGUGUAGCUCUUUAUGAGAAGUCGUACAUUCCCUUGGGUGAAUACGAGGAGAAAAUGGGCAUGGCAUUUAUCCAAAUGAUUGAUGUUGGUCGCAAGGUUGUCGCUCAUCGAACCCAUGGCUUCCUCUCGUCGCAGGUUGUCUACUAUCUGCUCAACUUCAACCUCUCUCCACGCCAAAUUUGGAUCACGCGACAUGGAGAGAGCGUGGACGACCAGGCCGGUCGUAUCGGUGGAGAUUCUGACCUCAGCGAGAAUGGCCGGCGGUACGCCAAGGCCUUGGCUAGAUUCGUGAAUUCCCAGCGGGAGAAGUGGGAGCUAUACCAGCGCCAGAAGGACUUGCUGAAGCACUUCCCUCCCCGUCCGGGUGACAGCACCCCCCAAACCCGUCCUACAUCCCCCACGAUACACCACGCAACUUCUCAAAUGCGUAUGCUGGACGAACUUCACUCAGGAAGGAUGGAAGGCAUGACCUAUAAGGAGAUUCAGGAGCAGUUCCCCGAGGAGUAUGCUCACCGCAAGAAAGACAAGCUCUUUUACCGAUACCCCGGACCUGGUGGAGAAGGGUACCUGGACAUUAUCAACCGUACUCGGGCCGUCAUCGUCGAGGUGGAGCGUACCACUGAUCAUGUCCUACUGGUUAGCCAUCGGUCCACUGCCCGCGUUCUCCUUGCCUACUUCCAGGGCCUUCAGCGUGAUCAGGUCGCAAACCUUGAUGUUGAGAUGGGGGUACUCUACAUGUUGGAGCCCAAGCCAUACGGGGUUGACUUUAGAGCCUACCGAUACAAUCCUGACACCGAUUGGUUCGACUUCGUUCCUGAUUACGAAUUGAAGCAAGUGAGUGGGCCUCCCACCACCAACCAAGCAUGA